AUGGCCGCCUUUGCACCCAAGGCAGGAUGUCCCAUGUGCGGCAUUGUCGCAACUGCCUCCCACACCACUCCAAACUCACCCCGCUCCCCUGUUUUCCCCCCAGGCUCAACGCAGGCCGAAGUCGUCUGGCGGGAUGAGAAUUUCACUGCAUAUAAAGAAAAGGCAAACCCGGUAUCUUCAAAGGGUCAUAUUAUCAUUGCAUUCAAUCUUCACGUACCGUCAAUAUAUUCAUUGUCAUCGUCCGACCUACCAUUGCUCGCCAAUGUGCGCAAUUUGGCGACUAGAUUGCUUACUUCCCUCAUUCCGGCUUCAACGCCUCUUUCCCCCUCAACGGCUGCCCCGCCGGUUCCCAUAUACAACAAUCAAUUCCGCAUCGGCUUCAUAACCCCGCCUUUUAAAGAUAAUAAGAUUCCUGUGACAGACCAUUUGCAUGCGCACGCUUUCAUUGGACCAGCAGACCUCGCAGGUUGGUGGCGAGCCGUUGCUUAUGGGCCACUUGCCUGGUAUGCGAUUGAAGAUUUAAUUGCUGAAAUUCGUGAAUCUGUGACCAACAAUCGGAUCAAGUCUGGGUAUGAGAAUCGUCAGCGGGCACCUAUUGACAUGGUCCCAUCAGCAGGUGCAAGGGUGGGCCAGGCAGAUGGGCAGGAAACCACAGAACCUGGUAUUGCAGAUUUGCACCUCGAACACGGAGAACAAGGGCUGAUCCCUUCAAACUCGAAUUUAAGUCCUCAGUCCAUGUCACGUCAAUUUUUGUCAUCUCAAAACCAAAUACCCCAUUUACGUGUGUAA